UUGGUGCCGAAAAAUAGACGUAAACAAAAUGUCCCCUUAACCUCAAGUCCAAGUUCAAGCUCUCCUUUCACCCAAACUACCGGCAUGGUUUAAGUUUUUUGUCUCUUACAGCCAAAAAGAAAAAGGAAGAGAUACACAGUUUACACAGCCUCCAUCCUGCCAAGUCUCUUCUCUUAACAAGGGACAAGACGGAGAUAACACAAGACGAAGAAGGAGGAGCAAACUUGUGAAGGAGAGCAGGAGGAGCAGCGUGAAGGGAGGAAGGAGGAGGAAGGCCAAAGAAGAGAAUAAACACUAAAGAAGAUAAUAAAUAGGAAGAACGUUGCGAGGAAAAGGAAGGAAGGAUGAACGAGGAGGAAGACCCUAAGGAAUACCGCUGGGAGAGUGGCUACGAGAAGACAUGGGAGACCAUACAGGAAGACGAGUCCGGGCGCUUGGAGCCUUCGGUGACGGAGAUCAUACAGCGGACGAAGAGAAGGAAGCUGCUGGACCGGGAGGCAAGCGUGCGUCUUGGUAUCAUGAGACAUGUUUACAUUAUUCUUGACUACUCCCAGGCCAUGAUGGAGCAGGACCUCAAGCCCACACGCCAGAUAUGCACACUCAAGAUUCUGGAAGACUUCAUCAAGGAGUUUCAUGACCAGAACCCCAUCAGCCAGCUGGGCAUCAUCACAACACAGAACAAGGUUGCCAAGAGGAACAGUGAUCUCAGUAAUAACCCUCAACGCCACCUUGAUUGCCUCAAGAAAUUGAAAGAUGUGCCGUGUCGAGGAGAGCCAUCACUACAGAAUGCCCUUGAAGUGGCCCUCAGUUCCUUACGGCACCUGCCCCCCCACACAUCAAGAGAAAUCCUGAUCAUCUAUGCGGCCCUAACAACUUGUGACCCUGGGGAGAUUGGUGUUACUUUACAGAAAGUACAAGAUUCCAACAUAAGAGUGUCUGUGGUUGGUUUGGCUGCAGAGCUACAUGUGUGCAAAGACAUAACUAAAACCACAGGUGGGUCUUUCUCUGUCUCAAUCAAUGACCUCCACUUGAAAGAGCUCAUCAAUGAACACCUGGAGCCUCCGCCCGCCUCUACGAAGAUGGAUCACACCCUCAUCAAGGUUGGCUUCCCUCACCAGAUUAAUGCUGAUGCCAAACCAGCCCUCUGCAUGUGUCAUCUGGAUGACCUUCCUCCACUCAACACCCAUGGUUACUACUGCCCACAAUGCACUGCCAAGUACUGUGACUUGCCAGCAGAGUGUCGGGUGUGUGGCCUCAUGCUGGUCACUGCACCUCACCUUGCACGUUCCUACAGACAUCUCUUUCCACUGAAGCAUUUUAGCGAAAUACCAGCCAAAGAGAAUUCUGCCAAGGAGUGCUACGGCUGUCAGAAAACCUUCACUGAAACAGCUGCUGAUAAAAAUGUGUAUGUGUGCAGGACAUGCCAGCAAGUGUUCUGCUUCAACUGUGACAUCUUCCUGCAUGAGACUGUUCAUUCAUGUCCUGGCUGUGCCUCCAACCCAACCAUAUCACAGUACACCAACACCUGAGUAUGACACUAAUUUAUGCAAUCAAUCAGGUCUUGGGUGCAUACACUGGGGAGCAGAUUGCCUCACCCACCCUAUGUCAUACCCUGCCUAUGAGAAAGUCCCUUAAAGGCCUCUUUCCCACACCAACUACCUCCCAGAGGAUCCAUCUUCUUGCUUCAGCCACAAGUUCUGUGAGCACCCCCUUGGCUGCUCUGAGAGUCUGCCAUGUACACUAUACACUGCUCAUUGUGCUCAGUCCAAAAUCCUCUGCCCAUCCAUAUACUAUGACACAAGGCUGUUUGGAUAUCAUUCACCUGAAGGGCUCAACCAGUAGGUCAGAGCUCAUUUGCAUUGAAAUGACCAUUUACAUCCUCAGUGAAACUCCUGACAUGUACCUCUCCUUGUCUCUCCUCAGGAGAGCUCCAAUCCUAGGUGAUAGUAAAAAUAAUUAGGUUAUUUUCUCUGCAGCCCAUACUUAUUUUUUUUUAAGGUUUCUUUACCUCAUCCAUGGUUACACUGGGAACUUCAAAGUUCAGCAACUCAUUCUACUUCUGCCCACCUUGAUCACUACAAUUAGGUGUAGAAUUCCUCACAACCCUAACUACUUCCUCCACAUUAUUCAUGGUGGCACCUUGCAGCUCUGGUCGUGAUCUUCCCCAUCCUGGUUGUGGCAGUCAGUUCUUUACAAUAACUCUGCCACAUACUGUGGAGUGUGUACCACACAGUGGGGUACAGGUCUCUGUAGGGGAGGGGGCAAAGUAAGGGAGGAUGUGAGACGGCGGGUCACGCUGUCCCAUUGGCCUCCUUUUUGUCACAUAGACAUGGGGAGGGACCCAACAAGAGAUCACACAACCCUAUAUUUUGGCUGAAAUAAGCCAGCUAAGCAUUCCUAAAAUUGCCAGGUGGUUGCUAGUAAAUUCCUCCAAGACUGUGAGUCCAAGUAGAAAAAGGUUGAUUGAUGCCAGGGUAGGAGACAGCUUGAAAUCCAAUGCCAGCAUCAGAUUUGGAGCUGUCCAUGAAUACUGGUAUUGAUGUUGCAUGGCUGGCAGAGCAUGAAAGAAAAACCUGCCAGGCAGUUCCCUCCAAAACAGCAGCCUUACUGAAGGGGAAGCAACUGCAGCAUUCUUUCCGAAAAUUCCCAGGGGGUGAUUUGAGGCAGCUGUACUACAGCUAUUGGGAAAUCUGGCAGAGAAAGGUCCCCAACAACACUAUGAGCACAUAAGCUAAUGGGACAUGUUGGCACGAGGAAGAAUUUGUUUUGAAUGUUUGUUGAAUUCUUCAGCAGUCCUGACUGUAAGAAUAUUAGUGUUUCUUAUUCCCUUUUUUUUUCUCAAGAUUAAGCCUACUUUCCAUUUUACCAAUCAGUGGUCAUUGGAUUUAAGCUUAAUUAGCAUUGUUAAAGCAUGGCCAGUUGCUCCGCUGUUGUUGUUGUUGUUGUUGUUGGGGACUGGGUGUCCUGAGGGGAGCACUGGUUGAAUAUGGAAUCUAUUUUGGCAUAGGAUGCUUAACAUGUUGAUCUUUGUAAAUUUUAAAUAACUUCCUAUUGUACAGAUGUAUGUGUGUGUGUGUGUGUGUGUGUGUGUGUGGGGGGGGGAUAGUAUUAUGGAAUUAUGUGUAUGUUUGUUCGGAUGAUGAAAGCACAACAGUUCUGAACCACCUAUUUUCCAAAAAUAAUUGUGCUCAAACAGGUGAAGGUGUAUUGACAUCAGGUGUGGGAAAAGGAGUAAAUAAAUGGAUUUUUGUACUCAUUCCAUUGCCUCUCCAGGUGUUACUCUACUGAAAUCUAUACCCAUGAUUAGUGGUUACUCUCCAGUCAAAAUGUGUGGCAUCAUUCCAAACACAUGUUUAUAAAAUUCAAAAGUAUGUUUUUUUUCCCAUUGUUAGUGGGUGACUUACAUGAAUACUACUACUUUAUAGUGUCACUACUUCUGCUGCUGCAACCACUACUUCUACUUUUGGGGGGGUUAAAAUUCAUUCCACAACAGCACAUGUUGUAGCCUUUGGGGGUUGGCUUUUACACGAGAUUGACCUCAACACGAGUGCAUAUUGUAAAAUUUUAGGUGACUGGCUUAACAAGAGUGGGGAGGUGGUGGCUGAGCGGUCAGCGUGCAGGCAUGAUGAGUCCGUAGACCUAGGUUUGAAUCCCACCAAAACAUGCUGAUUUUUUAACCAUCAUUGAGUGGUGAAAGAUUACCCACAUGCUGCACGGAUCUUCAAUCAACUCUUUAACUUCAGCGACUUCAUUCAAGUGGAAUACUGGUAGACAGCAUGGACCAAGCAAGAGGCAUACAUCACAGCAGCCACUAUAAGUAAAACUCGCUUGUGCCACUAAUGCACUGGGGUCGCCAAAGAGGCCCCUUAAGACAGUCUACUGGCCUUGUAAAUAAAUAAAAAUAAAAUAUGGUAAAUAUUAGAUUAUUGGCUUUAACAUACGUACAUAUGGUAGAAUAUGAGGUGACUGCAGGCCUACAACACUAACAACUAGAAUAAUUCAGGAUACAAAGAGCCAACACUCUUGAAAUAGCUAUUAUUGAUGACGGAAGUCUCUACAUUAUGAGACAUGUUGAGGGGAUACUGAAGAUCAAUAAACCCUGUUCUCCUAGGCUGACACCUUCUCCAGUCACAGAUUUCUAGGAAAAUAAAUAAGUGGUAGAGCCUGGACUAUCUCCUGCUCCAGGGACCAGUUGUUACAGAUACAGCAAAAUAUAAGGUACAUGCACGGUCAUAUGUGUAUAUCAUGUAUGUCUACAUGUAGUGACGAUGCACGAACAAUCUGAUUAAGCAAUAUGAAUAAAAUGUACAUCUUA